AUGCCUCCCAAGAGAAAUUCUACCAAUUCCGCUCCAGCCAAGGGCGCAAAGAAGUCCAAAGUCACGGAUAUCGACCCAGCCGAAGCAGAACUCAAGCCUAUUCUUGACAAGCGCUGGUCUGCAGUAUCUGUAUCGCGCAACGCAGACUGUUCAUUCAGAUUGCGGACCGCCGACCGUGUCGACGCUUUUACCUAUGUUUGUCUGGGCUGCGCGCCUUGGCGAACGGAAAUCCAUGAAGAUGAAGAUGAAGAGGAUGAGACAGACGAGGAAGAGCUAGAGAAGAGGAAGAGAGAUGACGCGGAAGCUGACAAGGAGACCACCCUUGAACCUGCUUCCGAGCACCCAAAUGAAAAAUGGAUAUUCACCAAUGCCGGCAUAUCCAAGUGGAUGGCGUUGAGACAACAGACUUCCGUGCGUGACCCGGAUAACUUCGAGAUGCAUGUCUACAACGAUUAUUUCGGCUAUGGGAUUAUGGAGCUGGUGGAGAACCUGCUCGUGGAUUUUGAGGAGGCUACUGGCGAUUGGAAGAUGCAAUGGGCUAUUUGUGAAGGGACAGGGCUGUAUUUUCAAAUGAGUGCUAUCAUGCAAUUAGUCGGCUGCGAGGAUGGAGAAACGGUGAACGCGGUAUUUAUUGCUUUCGGUACAAUGUUCCUCACCAUGCUCGCGACUCUGGAGCGAAAUGACAUCCUCAAGCCCGACUCUGAAAUCAAGAACAUUGGCGCUGUCAUGGGUAUGUUCAUCCGCUUCAUGGUUGAUUUGAAAGAUUACGGUAUCAACUGGCCGCAGCAUGAGCCCAAAAUUAAGGCUUAUGCUGCGAAGCACGAUAUCAAGAUUUAUGGCUUGAAUGACCCAUGCUAUGAAGAACCGUCAGAUGAGGUUGAGAUUCCCGAGGCUACAGCUGGAGCCAAUGAUCCCUGGGGCUGGAAACAGGCAAUUACGAAGCUAAGAGAGAACAAGGACGAGCCUCUUGGUGGUGACUCAAAGGAUAUCACGUCCUGGACUCCCGCAGAACGCAGGAAGGCGAGCUUUGACAAGAAGGAUCCCAUCCCUCGAAGCGCCUUGAACCGAAUCAAACAAGGUCUGAUCAUGGAGUUGGCUUAG